AUGGCAGAGACUGUUGUGGGAGCACUGAUUGGCAAGCUAGGUACAGCAUUGGAGAAAGAAGCAGCAACCUACGGUGCAUCCCUGCUUUACAAGGAGGCUUCUGCCAUAAAGGGUCUUUUUGGCGAGAUCCGUAGAGCUGAGAGGGAGUUGGAGAGCAUGAAGGCAUACCUUCGGAUUGAGGAUGUUGUUGAUGAGUUCAUGUACAGGUUUGAGGGUGACAAACACGGAGGGUUUGCAACUAGGAUGAAGAAGAGGAUCAAACAUGUCAAGAUCUGGUGCCGCCUAGGUCUUGAGCUCUGUGAUAUCAAUGUUGAGCCUGAAGAGACUGUGAAAAGGAGGGACCGCUAUAUCAUCCCAGGAAUGGAGAGACAUGCUGGAAGCGGUGACCAUCAUACCAGAUCCACCAAUGAAGCUUUGUGUUUUGCAAGGGAAGAGGAACUAGUGGGUAUUGAAGAUAAUGCAACCAAGCUCAAGGGGUGGCUGGUUGGUGAUUUGGAUGAAAGGAACACCAAAAUCACCACAGUUUGGGGGAUGGGUGGAGUAGGUAAAACUACUUUAGUUCAUCAUGUCUAUAAGAUUGUAAAAGUGGAUUUUGAUGCUGCGAGUUAUAAAGUUGAGGAUUUGCUGAAGAAAAUUGCUACAGAGUUCGGCAUGCCAAUCAAUUCUAGCAUUAUGGAUAUGAGAAGAUUAGUUGAGGUCAUCUGUAAACAUCUCGAAGGUAAAAUGUACAUCUUGGUGUUGGAUGAUGUGUGGGAACAAGAUGUGUGGAUAAACAAUAUCAUGCCUGUGUUUCCGGCUAAAUGUACUAGCCGAUUUGUUCUCACAUCAAGAUUAUCUGAAGUUGCAUCUUUGGCAAGUGGUAAUUGUGCAAUUAAGCUGGAACCGCUGCAAGACCAUCACUCUUAUAUGUUAUUUUGCAAGUUAGCUUUUUGGAACAAUGAUGAUAAAAGGUGUCCUGAAGAAUUAUGGGAUUUGGCCACAAAGUUCUUACAAAAGUGUGAAGGUUUGCCUAUUGUGAUUGCAUGCAUAGGCCGCCUACUGUCCUGCAAACCCCCAACAUACACUGAAUGGAAAAGUUUGUAUGAGAAGUUAGAGCUGCAGUCGGUUAAAAAAGACAAUCCCUGGUGUUGA